AAGAGUCGACAAAUAUUUAAUGUAUCACGGUUGACCGAAAGAAGAAUCUUGCUGAUUCUUGAUGGUAAUUUUCAACGAUAUAUUAUAAGCAGGUUUCUCGAUGUUUGACAUUAGUCAAUGAUUUUACCCGAUCGUAAGAUGAUAUAAAUAGUAUCAAGGUAAAACUUGCAUCAGUCACAAGUGUGCAUCACCUCAUCAGACAACUUUAUUUUACUCCAGUAAAUAUAAUUUUGUUAAUAAUUUUUAAUCAUCUAUAUAAUUUAACAAUAAUUAUGAUUAAAAAUAAAAUUAUUUUAUCACUAUUUGGAGUGUUUGUGAUUUCUAAUUUUAUUCCUGUUGAAUCACGACCACAGAUAUUCGACGAUGAUGAUAUAUUUAUAGCUGAUGGAUUUUCUUUCGAUGGUCCAGCUGAUGGACCAAGGACACCAAUAGAUACGUUUCAACCAACUAAUCGCCCAGUUAUUCCAACACAAAGACCAGUAACUCAAAAACCAACAACUGUAACAACAACAACAGCAAGUCCAGAAUUUACCAGCUGUACUAGAAGUUGUUUGACGACACAAGAGUACAAUCCAGUUUGUGGUAAUGAUGCAAUAAUGUAUAAUAAUCCUGGACUUCUUGGAUGUGCAAAAAAAUGUGGCAAAAAUGUAGAAAUACAAAAUUUUGGAAGAUGUGUAUCCAAUCCAAGAACAUAAAUAUUAAUAUUAAACAUCAUCUUUAUUUUUACAUAAAUGGAAUAUUUUGUACUGCAAUUUUACAUCAAUAUGUAAUUAAUAUACAUAUGUAAAUCAAUAUGUAUUUAUUAAUUGCUAAUUAAUAAUAAUAAUAAAAAAAAAAAAAAAAAAUAGACUAAAAUUAAAAUUUUAAA